AUGUCCAGCGAGAUCUUGGUGCCUUGCGUGACAACUUGCGGGAAAGUGCCAAGCAAAAACCGAUAUGGCCGAGUUAAUAGCGAAAUUAAGUCUGUUAACGAGUCACAUGCUUUUAAAAGUAAGAACGGAAAGUUUAUAAAUUCAAUAAAAUGUAAGAAUAGUUCAGAAAAGGUUACAGCAAUGGGAAAUAGUAAAGGAACUUGCAAGUCAAAUAGGAAAUUGACGUACGAAAGUGACGAAAACACAUCGGGCCCAUCUGCGAGUGGCGUUGAAAAAACAGAAAUCGGGGAAAGGAAUUCACGAGAACAACAG